AACUCAAACUCCAGGACCUUGCUUCUUUCAAUCUCGGGGACUUCGCUCGAUUUUUCUCAAUGGCCUAAGGGGGAGGGCUCAUCAUCAACUGUGUACCUGGACUGUUCAUCACAGUUGCUCCAACUCUUGAUCUGAUUCAAAAUCCCCGCCUUCCCCAUCCUCAGGGUCCUGCCCUUGCGACCAUACGCCAUGGAUCCCAUCGAGCCUGCGGAGGGCUCAACGGCCCCCGGCAGUAUCCCGGACCAGUCGCAACCCGCCGAAGCAUCGUCCUCGCGACUAGCACCAGCGACAUCGCGCCCACGGGCUCCUUCAAAUCGCACGCGCCGACCUAGUAUCCGUCUAUCGCGCUUACCCUCGGUAUCCUCGUUGGACACGGUCAAUAUCCAGCCACAGCAGGAACUUUCCGACAACCAGCCCGGUCCUUCUCUGACCCGCCAGGUAUCCGUCAAAUCACCAGUGCAGGAGGAGGAUGAAUCAUGGCAGGGGAAUCGGCGACGCAGCAACUCCGAGCCUCGACCAGGACGAUGGUCUUCUCCCAAUCAUAAUCCUCUCGCGCGAGUGGCAACACCGAUGGGGUGCUUGACUGAAGAGUCGUCUCACCAAAGCCCAAUGCCGGUAUCUCCAGACGAGCUAUUCACGGUGAAAACUGCGGAGGAACAACUUCAACCGCCACCGCCGGCCCUUGCUCGUCCGGCAUCGCGGAACGUGCUGCGCCGAACUAGUCAAGCCGCCUUGAACCGGUUCUCCCGCAAUCGCGCAUCCACGGUGAGCGGAGCGCAGCCAGCACUCGAGGCGAAUAAAGAGCAGCCAGUGAACGAGUACGGAUCUCACGUGGUCGACGUGCUGGACGUGAUCGACCCCGAGGUCUCGGCCUUGUCGACCCUUACCAAUGUGCAGAACUCACUGUUCAUCCCUAACCUGGGUGGUUUCAUCAAUCGCAUGCCCACCUAUCAAAUUUCGAGGGCGCCUCCAUCCGAUGAAGAGCAAGGAACAUCCACGGAUGAGGCAGAGUCCUUGGAGGAAAGGCAAAAGAAGGACCGGCCGAGAAUGGACCAAUUGCGUCCCUUUUCAAGCAUGUCGUCUGUGCUUCAGGGUCCUCGGUAUGCCGUUCUUCCCGACAACCAUGAGCUCGAGGGAUGGACGAAGGAGGACUUUGCCGAAUUGAACGAUCAUGUUCGGCAUAUGCUGCACUCCCGUCGAUCCAAAUUCAAGCGAUCCAUGAGGGGCUUUGGCCAAUAUGUACGGAGGCCACUUGGAUUCCUUGUCACACUCUAUGCAACUCUUAUUACCCUAUUCGGUCUUGCGUGGGUUCUCUUCUUGAUCGGUUGGAUCAAUGUUGGCGGAAAACAGCUCUACGUUAUCAAUGUCAUUGAUAACGUCCUUGUGGCUCUAUUUGCCAUUAUGGGUGAUGGGCUGGCUCCAUUCCGAGCUGUGGACACAUACCAUAUGAUUUACAUUGCGCAUUAUACAAUGUUGACCUGGAAGAUCCGUGAGGAGCGGAAGCUCCCCAAUCUCAAAGACAAGAACGAUCUCCCCGCUCAGACGGAAAAGGAUGCGGACGUCGACUUCGUCGAACCUCCCAAGGAAGAAGAGCAUGAGUACUCUGUUCUGGAUGAGCGCCAACAGCAACGUCUGAUGCACCACCAGGCCAAGUUUGCCAAGUCACAUACCUUUUAUAAACCGCAUGAGACGGUGACCCACCAUGCUUUUCCUCUGCGCAUCCUCAUCGCCAUUGUCGUUCUUCUUGACUGUCACUCUUUGCUCCAGAUGGCGCUGGGUGCGUGUACCUGGAGUAUGGAAACUCCGGGAGAGCGGCCCUUUGCUCUGACUACGGUCAUCCUGUGCUGCUCCAUCACCUGUAACAUAACCGGUGGUGUGUUGAUCAUGAUUGGUGAUCGUCGCACGCGCAAGAAGGAUAUCGUGGAGCGUCUCUUCCGUCAAGAGCUGACCGAGGAAGCCAUGAAGAAGAUCGAGAAGCGUAAGGAGCGCCAAAGCAUGCAGCUCGAGCGGGAAGAGCGCAAGAGUAUGCAAGUCGAUCGUGAAGGGCGCAAGAGUACUCAACUCGAUCGUACGGAGCGCACUAGCAUGCAUAUCGACCGCCAAGAGUCUGAGCCCGAGAGUCCCCAGCAUGAACGCCCUGACCCGUUUGCCAGCACCUAAAUGUUGCUAGUAUAUCAACAUACCAUCCUGCCAGCCCACGACCUUCACGAACAUCAUGAAGACCUUCCGCAAUAUACGCGAGAUCCAUGUCUUCUUCUAUCCGAUUGUACAGCCUUCUUGCUGACCUGCACUGUUUACUCCCCCGGUCAGCUAGGUUUAUAACCUGAGCACCGGCGUUGUUUAGGAUUCAACUUCAUUUUUGAGGAGGCCAUCCUUUUCCCACGUCCUCUAUUUUAUGAAUACUGCUUUUGUAAUUGCUGCCCCUGCCAUCAUGCCUGUUUUACUACCUACCUUAGGAUCUUGAUACUCUAUUGCUCUUUGCCCUUGCUGUCUAUCCUGGAGUGGAAGCUCUAUUGCUGUCAUUAUUUUGGAUUUGCUUUGGAGCUUUGUUUUGCUUUUGCUUCUGUCUGGCAUUUACUUGCGUCGAGUAUAGACCCCUUGCAUGAACAGGAUUGAAUUGAUAAAUAACAACUUUCAAAGCAUCAA